AUGGCUUCUCAAGAAGAUGAUUCAGCAUGGGAAACCCCAACUCCUGUAAAUGCAAAGCCUGGAGGUGAUGCACAAAUCUCUUUACUAGGAAGGGCUUGCUUCUCGAGAACUGGGAUUGUUCGACGAAAACCUGCUCGAGGAGAUGCGCCCCCAACAUUAUCCAAGUCCUGCUCUGAUAAACUUGCGUUAAAACAAUGCACUUCACUUCUCUCAGCCAUCACAUCAAUAUUCAUCGAUCCUACCAAUGCAUACAUUAGUAGCAUCAUCUUGCCAAGAUCCCAAUACUCUGAUCUUGCAUGUCGACGUGCUUUCUCAGCAGAAGGCAGGAUGAAGCUCAUGGCUGGCAAAGAGUGGCUGGGGGGCUAUUCGUUCAGGGAGUUCUCAGUUGUGACGACGGGCCUGGAAUUCGAGUUUUCGAAACGAUCUGUACAGAUGAGAGCAUGCAAGAUUUCGGCGAGUAAUCUAGCAGCGACAUGGUCACGAUCAGGUUUCGAAGAGAAUCUCAUUGGGGGAGUUAUUCAAGGUCGGAAGGCUUUCAAGACAGACGGAGCAAGUCAAGCUUCCAAGCGUUGCAUGUGGGAGGCAGCAAACAAUCUCGCUAGUAAAAUAGGUGGCGCUUCCUCUUCCACAGCAAUGUGUCCUGGUGGUAAGACGUAUCGCCACUUGAAAGAAGGACAGUUGAUGGCUCACCGACGGCAAGUUAAGGACGAGACCCGUGGGAUAGCACUGUCAGGGUGGAUAAAAAAUGACGGAGGGUCAGAUUUCCAACUAGAAAAACGAAGCAAUCAUUGA